CCUACAGGUAGUGUGAAAACCAAACAGAUCGUAUGCAGCUGCAGGUCAUUUCCAACCACGCUGCCAUUCUGCGAGGAACUCAGCUGAGCCACCCAGCGUCUUAGCAGUGCAGGGAAACACUGCUCGGUGCUUCCACAGACAUUUUUUUUUUUUUGUUGUUGUUGUUGUUGCAUUUGUUUUCUGGAUAUGCCCGGACGCCGCUCUCCAGCAUGCUGAGCAGGAAGGUGUUUGGCGCCGGGGUGAUGAGCGCUGCGGCCCCGGUGGACCGCGGCAGGGUCGGGGAGAGGCUGCAGGCUGCCGUGGCCGGGCUGCAGGAGCUGCAUCUGCUGCGGGACAGACAGAGCGACAUGGUGGCCUGGGCACUGAGGAUGGACCGGGAGGAACCGGUGACUUCUGUCCAGGCAAACCAGGACGGUCCGGGGAUGAUGGGCACCGAGGAGCAGCGGCUGGAGGCGACCCUGUCGGCCUUGAAGCAACAAUUGUCUCGUCUAAGGAGGCAGGAUGUUGGCCUGAAGACCCACUUGCAACAGCUGGACCAACAAAUAAGCGAGUUGAAGCUAGACGUGAGCAAGGCCUCCACAGAGCAGCUGGAGAGUGACAGUCGACCAAGUUCAGGUUUCUAUGAGCUCAGCGAUGGUGGCUCCUGUUCGCUGUCCAACUCGUGCACCUCUGUGUACAGCGAGUGCUUGUCCUCCUCUCAGACCAGCCUUCUCAUCCCUCCCACAAGCCCUGCCACCUCACACAUCACCAGCCCCCUGACCCAAGUCGAUGUGUGCCGCCGGCGCUCGGCUGACGAGAGCGCCGCCCAGCCCCAUCCUCCACGGGCCACAGGCCUCCAUUUGGGCAGCAGCAGGAUCCGGACCAGCACCACAACCACUGAACGGGCACGACCAAGACCUGUGUCAACAGGUGAUCUUGAUAGGAUGAUGACUCUAGGACCAAGCUGCUAUAAAUCUGUGGAUGGGAAGAAACCCGCAGUGUGCUCAAGCCUGAAGACCUCCACAGUGGACCCCAAGUUUCAGAGCAACUUAGUGUCCCGCAGUGGGACUGAAGUGUACCACUACCCCAGCCCCCUGCAUGCCGUGGCUCUUCAGAGCCCCAUCUUUUCCCCAGGUGCAGAGCCAGCCAGCCCUGGCUUUCCAGAGGGCCUAGAACUGCCAAUGGACGGUGGCCCAGGUACCAACACUUUGCAGAGGGCACAAAUGAUGUCCCAGACUGGGCCCCCAGUUUAUAUCGACAAGCUUCUUCAGCGCAGUAUGACCAGGAUCAACAUCGGGAGUGAAGCUGAGAAAGAGACUAUGCAUGCACACAGUGAUUAUCACAGGAAGCCCAUUGAAGCUGGAACCGUGUUUCCUGAGGUGUCUCAUGUAGAAGUAUCUCCGCUACGGCCUACAGCAGCCCAGACUUCAGACAUCAUGCCAGCAGAUAGUGACUGGAAUAGACAUUGCAUGAUAUACUCUAGCCAAGAGCAAGUGAAUCACACAAUGCACAACCAGUCAGUCAGAGCCCCAGAUGCUUCAUACCGCUACUCUUAUCCUGCUGCCACAAGGGAGACCAUGUCUGGAGAGGUUAUCACCUCUGACACUAGAAACAAUGACAAGAUCCAAGGAGAUCAUACUGGUGUAGCAAGAGGCCAUUCAGAGAAAAGAUGCAGAGAUAUCCCAGAGGUAAAACUGUGUGAGAGGAAAGGCCAUGCGCAAAGACCAGUGAUGACCCACAGCUCUAGCACAGAAGACAGUCAAGGCUUUGAGGUUCAGUUAAGCCACAAGACUCCGUCUGACUUCGUCCAUGCCAAGUUCGUCCCUGCUGGAUCUCAGCGGGUUAAGGUAAGACAGGCAGACCGCAAGACCAAGGCCGUGAAGCUGAGGAGAAAAAGCAGUGAGAAGCCUCGGGCAGUGAGGCACCACCAGGGCUACUCCUCCAGUGAAAGGACCAGAGAGGCCAAUGGUGGAGCAAAGGGAGAAAGAGAGCUGAGAAGGUCAGGGAAGGGAAAGACUACACAGAAACUGACCACCUGCCUGGUAGAGGAGCGUGGACACUCCGGCUCAGACUCCAGCCUCUGUAGCCCUGGACUCAUGUACAGCCUCAAGGUCCAUCCCAAGCCACAUCCCGUCCCCACUGUGGUCAAGUCCAGCAAAAGCCGCAGACCCCAGCUCCUGGAGUAUGAGCAGCCUGCCGAGCAGAGGAAGAGAAGGCAGGGAACUGGCAAGUGGCCAUCCGAUGUGGAGAUGAUCCAGGUCCCGUGUGUUCAGCGUCAGAGGUCAAAAGAACCUCGUGCUCAGGCAGCAGGGAGCAGGCAGAUGGUUCAUAGUGUGAGUGCCAGGCCACACUUGGGCCAAUGGGUAGGGCCUCCUCGAGCCCUCCACCCCUCCAUGUCUUCUUCCUCUUUCUUCAACAGUCUUAAUGCCAGAUACCCUCCAGCUCCCUUCCCCAUGUCCAGCCACUACCCACCCAGAUGCGAAUCUGAGUAUUCGGCUGAAUGCGCUUCUCUGUUUCACUCCACCAUCGCUGAAAGCAGUGAGGGGGAGAUGAGUGAUAACACCACCAACCGCUUUGGGGACAGCGAGUCCAGCCAGAGCUUCCAGUCCUUCUCAGAUUCUGACAGCAGUCUGUCCCUGGACGAGGGGGACCAGGUGGAUAGCCACGAGGAAGAAGGGGGUCUGGUGUGGGCCGAGGCUGCACUGGGGCCCACUGCCGCUGGACUGCAGCUCCCACGACCCGAGCCCCCAACCUGCCGCAUCAAAGCUUCUCGAGCCCUGAAGAAGAAGAUUCGCAGGUUUCAACCCGCCUCUCUGAAGGUCAUGACCCUGGUGUAGUGGAGUUCCCCCAGGCAGGAUGAAAACUGUCGAAAAGAAAACAUUGAGAACCGUGGGAAAUGCUCUCAAAACUUGUUGGAGAGAUAUCACCUGUUGUUUGACCUUUCCACUUGUACAUAACCCCCCCCAAAAAAAACAAACUUAUAAACUGUUUCAUGAAUCUCCAUGAAAAACGGUACACAAAUGCUACAAAUUUCCACUUAAUUUGUGCACUCAUUGCUGUUAGUUAUAGCUAGAAAAUUAUUAGUGAUGCACCGUGCUUGAAGCCAAAACUUGCAUGCAUACACAUGCACUCUGUAAAAGCAUGUGUAACACAACUGUAUUUGAUAUCAACACUUAAUUUGUAAAUAGUGUAUGUAUGCUAUUAUAAUUAAAGUUUCUCAUGUGCAUGUGGCUGCAGCUGAAGAUUUCAAGGGUGAAAUUGCUUCGAUAUAAUUGUAUGUACAUUAAGAAAUAAGACCUUUCAUUUUACACUUUCUUUAUUACAAAUUUACUUUAUUUUCUUUAAUUUUUAUAUUAUGUUGAUGCACAUUGGUACUAUCUAUGCAUAUCUUUCACCUUACAAUAAACUAUUUAAUAUACACUGAGA